AUGGAUACACGAAGAUUAGAGGAUAUCUUCCCUGAUGAAGAAAUAGCAGUGAUAAAUAUAGAAAGGGAGAUAAAACCUUGGCAAAUGUAUUUUGAUGGUGCAGCCAAUCAGAAAGGAUGCGGAGCUGGCAUUCUACUUAUAACCCCUGAGGGAGUCUACAAGCCCAUGGCCACUAGAUUGGAAUUUAAAUGCACCAACAACAUGGCCGAAUAUGAAGCUUGUGUCAUUGGCUUGGAGGCAGCUCUCUCCAUAGGGGUAAAAAACCUACAAGUGUACGGUGACUCAUCCAUCGUGGUAUGUCAGGUCCGAGGCGAUUGGAAGACAAGAGAUGAAAAGCUAAAGCCUUACCAAGGGUAUAUAGAAGUCUUGAUGAAGCAGUUUGCGGAGAUUAGUUUUAACUAUAUCCAAAGGGAGAACAAUAGAUAUGUUGAUGCCUUGGUAACGCUUACGUCAAUGAUCAAUUUUGGCCCAAAGGAGAAGAUUCAACCAUUCAUGGUAGACUUAAGAAGCCAACCCUCAUAUCAGAACUGCAUUAACACUUUGACCCCUGAUGGCCGGCCAUGGUUCGCCCCCAUUAUAGAUUUCAUUUGA